AGAGGGUAAUUGUCUUUACUGCUAAACGUAAUCAGCAAGCUUCUAGUAAUUUUUAUGAAUUCAGAUGAAAAAUUAGGAGCAUGUUGGCAAUUCUUAUUAAGCAGGAUUAUAGCCAUCCUUGGUGGGAUGGAUUUAAGGCCAGUAACUAUGGUGUGAGUUAAUCUCCAAUCAGGUAAAAACAUUCUGAGGUUGACUUUGUUUUUUAAAGAGCAGAUUAUAUUACUCUGUCUGGAAAAGUGAUUUAAGCUGCCUGUUCAUUAAACCAGACUUGUAAUUUAGGGGAGUGAGGCCGUCCAGGAUGCAGGGCAAGCUGACGGCCCAGCACUGGGCCACGCCCAGGUAACGCUGUCUUCCGGGCUUUGUGCCUUUGCUGGUAAAUCGAGGCUCCAACUCCACCACUAGGAGGCGCGGAGCCCCUCGGGAGGCGGGGCCUCAGGGGGAUGCGCGUGGGCGUGACGUCAGUUCGUGCGCCGCGUUCUGUUGCCGGGCAGCAAUGGAGGCUGCUCUGGAGUCCUCAGCGGAGGAUCCGUUGGGAAACUUUGUGCGAGUUUUGGAGAAGAGAGAUGGCACGGCGUUACGACUGCAGCAGUAUGGCUCCGGCGGCGUGGGCUGCGUGGUGUGGGACGCUGCUAUUGUUCUUUCUAAAUACCUGGAGACGCCCGGGUUCGCCGGCGACGGGGCCCACGCGCUGCGCCGGCGGUCGGUGCUGGAGCUGGGCGCCGGCACCGGGGCCGUGGGGCUCAUGGCCGCGACCCUCGGGGCAGAUGUUGUAGUCACCGAUCUUGAGGAAUUGCAAGACUUGCUGAAGAUGAAUAUUGAUAUGAACAAGCAUCUUGUCACUGGUUCUGUUCAAGCCAAGGUACUGAAAUGGGGGGAAGAAAUAGAAGACUUUCCUUCUCCGCCAGACUACAUACUGAUGGCCGACUGCAUAUACUACGAAGAGUCUUUGGAGCCGCUGUUGAAAACUCUAAAAGAUCUCAGUGGAUCUGAGACUUGUAUUAUAUGUUGUUACGAACAGCGAACAAUGGGGAAAAAUCCAGAAAUCGAGAAAAAAUAUUUUGAGCUUCUUCAACUAGACUUUGACUUUGAAAAAAUUCCCUUGGAAAAACAUGAUGAAGAAUAUCGAAGUGAAGAUAUUCAUAUUUUAUACUUCAGAAAGAAAAAAUCGAAAUUUCCAUCGUGAAAUCUUUAGUCAUCUUACCCAAGCCUCCAGCAACCUGGGUAAGCUAAAGAUGUGAAUGGAGCAUGGGAAGAUUGUGUUCACAGAUUUUUCCAGCAUGUCUUUAGAGAUCUGAUAAUAGACAUCAACCAUCAUGGGCCGCCUGCAAAACAGAAAAUGACUGCCGGUCUGCCAGCUAAUGGGCCUGAAAUCCAACUUAGUUUACUUUUAGCUCAGUAUCAAGUUCUGCUUAAAAGAAACAUUGUGUAUUAGUCACUCCUCAAAUAAAAAUAGGUAUUAAGGUUAGCCUAAAGUCUGCCAAAAAUAAACAGUGAAGCUUCAUGGUUGACUUAGCAUAUUUUCUGGAAUUAGAUAGAUUGAUCCAGUUUCUAAAGAGAAAUAUAUAUUGCUAUAUAAUAAAGUUUAAAUUCAAAUCAGUAAGUUUUAGUUUGUCUUCAAGAUAGGUAAAUUUAAAAGGUUUUCAUUUUAACAUAAUUAUGCAGUGGUUUUUAUCAUGUAUCUUCCACUUGGUUGCUUUUAAGAUAGCUUUACUACUUACUAGUAAAUGUUCUUUUACGUUAAAAAAAAGUCCCAACAUAUUUUGUAUAGUUACAUUGGCCAAAGUUUUAUUCUUUUCCUCCACCAUACAUGUCUACAUGAGUUAGUAAAUUAUACUGUAGUGAGUUAGUAAGAAUGAAAGUUAAGAAAUCAUGAGAUUAGAAUGAGGGGGGUUGGAGUGAAAAUAAAAAGCCCAUUUUCAGGCUCGCUCACUUUUCUCAUAUAUAUCUUCCAGGAAAAAGUGGCUAAAAAUCACUGAUGUUUACUUGUUUACAAAACAGAGACAUUUUUAAAUAACUGCAAAUGUAAUCCUAUAUACAUUUAGCAAAUGGUUUUGAUUCUGUGUAGUCUUUAUGUUAUGAUAAUCAUCUGCUCACAAACUGAUCUGUCAAGAACUUAAAUCUCAACAGUUCUAAAGAGUAAUAAUAAACUAUAGAAUUCUGGUACUUACAGGCAUUGGUGCUAGGUGGCACAUUUUAUGUGUUAAAAUAAAUGUUCUUGCCCUGGCCGAUUUGUUCAGUGGUUUGAGUGUCGGUCCGCAGACUGAAAGGUUGUGGGUUCAAUUCCCAGUCAAGGACACAUACUUCCCCAGCCCCAAUAGGAGACAACCAAUCAAUGUAUCUCUCUCAUGUCAAUGUUUUUCUCUCCUCAUCCUACCUCCCUUCCACUC